AUUAAAAUAAAAAAAUGAAUAAUUUAACAAAAGUGCUAAUCUGCUUAUUUAUUAUAAAUAUUGAAAUAUGAUUGGUAAUGUAAGAUAAAUUAGGUGGUGAAAAUAUGUAUUUCAUUAUAGAAGAUAUACCAUCAUAAAAUUUACUAUCAUAUCAUCAUCAUAUCAUCAAAUAACACUUCGGAGGAUAUAAUAAAUAUGUGUAAACGUACGUUCAGUAACUACCUUUAUCGUUAGUGUACUUUAAGCAUUCUAAUAGCAGCAUAACCUUUCAAGCAGCUCAACUAAGUUUCAAAUUAAAACGUAAAAAUUUAUAUUAUACAAUAACUCUCUUAUUGCAAAUUCAAUCUUUAUUUAAAGAAAGAACCAGAAAUCAAUUUCAGCCUUAAAUUGUACAAAAUUAGUACUAUAUGAAUGUAUUACUGUUGUGAUUUUCCAAAAGAAUUUUAUCACGCGCAAAAUAGAAUAAAACUUCAAGUUUCUAGAUAAGUUUAUAGAUCAAAAUGUCUACAAAAAAAGUUUUUUCGUUAGUCUUUAUUAGAAAAACAAUAGAAAUUUUAUUGGGCUUCAAAAAACGAGGAUUCGGAAAAGAUAAAUGGAACGGUUUUGGCGGUAAAGUGGAACCAGGAGAAUCAAUUUUUCAAGGAGCUUUGCGCGAAUUAAAAGAAGAAUGUGGUUUAUCUGCACAAAAAUUAAAAAAGGUCGGAAUUUUAGAAUUUGAAUUUGAGGGAGAUGAAGUUCUAUUAGAAGUUCAUGUUUUUGAAACAUAUGAGUAUUGUGGAGAGGUAAUAGAAUCUGAAGAAAUGCGACCAAAAUGGUAUAAUUUGAAAGAUAUUCCUUUCAAACAAAUGUGGCCGGAUGAUGAAUAUUGGUUCCCUUACAUGUUACAAGGGGAAUUAUUCAGAGGAUAUUUUUUGUACCGAGGUCAAGACCUAAUACUUAAGUAUAACAUUGAAACUAUGGAAGAACUACCAGCAUUAGAUCGUAUCUCUUAACAUUCACCUUUCAUUCUUAACACACACCCUGCUAUACAUUAUUAAUAAUUUUAAUUAUUGUUAAAAAAUUCACUUUCACAUUUUUAUAAUUAUAAUAAAAUUUGGCUUCAUACUAA